AUGUCAUCAUCAACGUUUACCCAACAGAGAUGGACAUCCGUCGAUGAUUUGACGACGAAGGACAACAAUAACAAAAAUAUGACUUCAUUUUUUUUGCAAGCAUCAUUAUUAUCAGAUUCCAAUACAUUUACAUUUACAUCUCGACCUUCACAAUCAUUAGUCUCACUAGUGAAACCAUCAUCAUCAUCAUCAUCAUCUCCAUCACCUUCAUCUGGCUUUCAUGAUAAUGGUCGUUCUGAACAAACAAAACCAAUUUCAUCUCGUGUUGCUAAUAUUAUUCAUCAAUUCGAAGCGCAUAGUUUAUCAUCAAUGAAUCAUAAGCCAAGUAAGCUAUCGCCGCCAGCUCGUAUUUCUGUAAAAAAACUAUUCGAAGGAAAUUCUUCACAAAAUUCACCUGUUGUUAUUGCUGCUGAUGUGGAAACUUCUUCUACUUGCAUUCCAUUCAAUUCUAAAAAAGCAAAUAAACCACAACCAAUCAUCGUCUAUGAAACAGUAGCCCAUAAUGAUAGAUCACAUAAUCCUGAAUCAAGCUCCCCAGUCAUUACUCCAGACAAUUCUUCAAGGAAAAUUUCUUCUCAAAAUUUAACAAUAUCUCAACAAAAUAUUGAAAGUGAUACUGAUUCUGCUAUACAUACAAUGCCUGCUGUAAUGAAAAACGAUACGAAUUAUUCAGCUACAAUAUCACGUUCAAGUACAACUGAUUCAACUUGCUCAUCGUUGUCUUUAUCCGAUUCUUCAAGUCGGCCACAUUUUGAUCUUUCUACUAGCUUUUCAGCAAAAAAACAGCAUGAUCUUGAUUUAAAUUUAAGAUAUUCUCAACAAAGCUGUUCUUUGUCACCAUCACCUGCAAGAAGAACAACUUUCACAAAAAUAAUACCAUCAGCAGUAACUUAUGAAGACAAUGAAAAUCUUCAAUCCUCAAAAUUACAUUCACUCACUACACGUUUUUGUUCAUCUGAACUAAACAUAGCUGAUCAAUAUCGUCAAUUUUUAUCUUCAGAUACUAUUCAAUCAGAUUUGAAUUUAUCUGAAAAUUCCACAAAAAAAUUCUUCAUUAAUACAAAUUUCCCACUAAAAUACAAAAGGGAUUCAUUUAUUCGACUAUAUGGGCCUGAUGCUUUACUAGAACAUGGUCCCCAUACAUCUCAUGAUGUCGUACUUGAAGAAGAUAUUGAUCCACCAUUUAAACCACGUAUUGUUACAGUACAAAAGAAUAAAUCCGUUACAGAUCAAUACGAACUUCUGGAAUUUCUUGGAAGAGGGAAAUUUGGCGAAGUAAAAAAAUGUCGCGAGCGAUCAACAAAACAUUUAUUGGCUGCAAAAUUUCUACAAAUCAAUCGAGAAACAGAUCGCACUGAAGCAUUUAAUGAAAUUGAAAUAAUGAAAGCCCUUCAACAUCCACGACUUCUACAACUUUAUGAUGCGUUUGAAACAAAAUCAGAUAUUUGCCUUAUUAUGGAAUUAAUUACUGGUGGUGAAUUAUUUGAGCGUGUCAUUGAUGAAGAUUUUAUAUUAACUGAACGUCUUUGUGAAUUAUAUAUGAUGCAAAUAUGUGAAGGAGUCAAUUUUAUGCAUUCAUGUAAUAUUAUUCAUCUUGAUAUGAAGCCGGAAAAUGUUUUAUGUUUAAAUCGUGAUGGUCACCGAAUAAAAAUCAUUGAUUUUGGACUUGCUCGAAAAUUCGACCCAGAUAAACAACUUAAAGUACUAUUUGGUACGCCUGAGUUUGUUGCACCAGAAGUUAUUAAUUUUGAUCGAAUCGGAUUUGGCACUGAUAUGUGGUCUGUUGGAGUAAUUUGUUAUGUUUUAUUAUCAGGCUUAAGUCCAUUUAUGGGCGAAAAUGACAAUGAUACAUACACAAAUAUAAAUCGAGUUAAUUUUGAUUUUGAUGAUGAAGCAUUUACUGAUAUAUCAGAUGAAGCAAAAGAUUUCAUUUCAAAAUUACUUCUAAAAAAUAAAGAUGAACGUCUUCUAGCUAAAGAUUGUCUUGCUCAUCCCUGGUUAACUCGUCGACCAAAAUUAGCCUCAACUCCUAGUGAUGAAGAAACAGCUGAAAAGAAAUUAUCAACAAAAAAGUUACGUAGAUUUGUUAUAAGACGACGUUGGCAGAAAGCGGUUAAUGCUUUAUUAGCAUUGAAACGUAUGGGAAUGACAUUAUGA